AUUGUGAAAUAUUACUUCAAACAUGGAUUUAUGUAUAAUACGUCUGUUUAUUUUUGUUCUGUUUGUGGAAUUAUUAAUCGUCGGAUGUAAAGAUAUGAGUGCAUCCGCGGAGACAGGAGCAGUGCGGUUAACGGGCGGUUCGUCACCCAAGGCCGGCCGGCUGGAGGUGUUCUACAACCACCAGUGGGGAUCCGUCUGCGACGACGGUGUCACUAACAACCUCUCACGAGUCGUGUGCUCACAGCUGGGAUAUCACACGUCACACCCUUCUGUAAUUCGUUACCUUGGCUAUGAAUAUGAUACUGCUGAUAUGCCUAUAUGGCUGGACUCCGUGGAGUGUAGGGGCGGAGAGAGAUACAUAUCGGAAUGUGACCACGAUCCAUGGGGCCUACACGACUGUACACAUGACGAGGACGUUGGUAUCAAUUGCAGUACGUCAAGUGACCCUGAGGAAUCCGACAGCACCUCCACCUUAGGAAUGUUGCUGGGUAUCGUCAUACCCAUAGGACUCGUUACCGCUUUGACAAUUAUUUGUAAGUGUAGGAAGAAGCGCGGUGAGACCACGCAGGCAGGCCGUGACCAGCAGUCUCAGGAACAGUUCACACCCUAUCAGUUGCGGGAAAUGACAAAUGUGGCUUACGCCAGUUCUUCUAGCGAUGACGCUGUACGCGGAAACGUCCAACUGGGAGACACCCGUACAGCGGUAUCGUCCAAUCCGCCCGAGUAUCAUAGUAUUUCCUUUAAUCGAGGUAUUCCCUCUAAUUCGUUAUCGCAUAAUGGACGAACAAACAAUGGGUAUUUGUCUGAAUCCAGUCACGCACAGGAACAUUACGCCACAGAUUUGACAGAAAUCCCCGAUCUGCCGUCUUACGAAGACGCGAUGAGUAACAAAGAUGUGUUUAAAAUCCACAUAUAAACUGUAUAUUCUUUUGUGUAUUAACAAAUUAUAAACAACAACUAUGUUUUUUUCUUCAUUACUCGAGGAAAUCAAAAUAUAUCCAUCUAUCGUCAGGGAAGGUCUGUGCUUAUUCUGUCGUAUAUAGUCGUUUGUAAAUGAAAUAUGUAUAAUUAUGCUACCUUUCAAAAGACAACGGCAUUCAGCUGGUCCGGGUCCGGAAAGUCUGUGAUAACUUUAUGUUCUGUGUUAACAACUUUAUAUUAUGUAAACGAUUAUUAUUCGUGUCUAUGUAAUAUUGUAAUAGCAGAACUCUCCCGUAAUGUAUAAUGGAGGGAAAUAUAUACAUCCUCCUGGUUGAUAUUGCAUUGUAUUGAUACGUCUGUUUGAAACUAAGUCACUGCUUGACAUUAUUAUUUCAAUGUAGUAUCUGACAGUCUUUAAAACUCGAUGUAUAAUUUCUUUCUGAACACUUUUAAAUCAUUGACGAACUUUGUUUUCAUAUUUGUAUUCAUAAUGUGCCUUCAUAAGGCGUAAUUAUAAUUUGUAUUGACAAUUACCGCAUGUUUGUAAACUGUUUAAAUUGAGUAUAUGAGUACACUUUAAAGCUCUUACGGUUCGUCCAAUUAACCCUAGCAUUGGGAGUAAGGGCUGGUGAGUUGUUUAUUCAUUUGCCUGUCAUUUUUUGCAUUUUAUCAACUCCGAAUAAUGUGGGUUUUUUUAAAUAAAUUAUAUAAAAGCUG